AUGGCCAACUCAAAGCAUACCCAUCCAAACACAAUGCAUUGCUGGCCUUUACCGAUCUCCGUACAACCUCAUUGACAGGACGGAACGGACUCUCCAUCUGAUGGAUUCGACAAUGGAAUCACAAGAUCUCGCUCAUAGCCACUCACGCAUCUGCCAAUUCUGCGUCACAAUCCUCACCUCGUAUCCUGCGUUCCACGACCCGCGGUAUCCUCCAUUGAGACUUCAAGGAUUGCAUCGUUGCUUCCAUGCGGAAUGUACCAACUGCUCGCUUGGGGACAAUAACGGUACCCUUUGUGCGCAAUGCGACCAUCUGCGACUGGAGCAUCUUAUCUGCUGUCGGCAGGAUCAGACACCCUUCUCGCUGACUGUUCGCUUUGGCACGUUUGACACAAUCAAGACAACUGAGCAUUGCAGCUUUCAUCGGCUUUUGCUUCUGUCAGCACACACAUUCAUCCAAGCUUUUCGUCCUGAACAUGUACCGCCACCCGCGAUCGAGUUUUCUUUAUACAUAGUAUCAGGCGAGCUGGCCUCCACCUUCGGGACGAUGUUUCUGAUCGGUUCAGCCCCGGAUUUCAGCCGGUGUAUGCCAGCACUCAAAACGUACAUCUCCAUAUUGAAUCUGCAUAAUGCGAUGCCCCGGCCCCCAUCGUCACAAAUCUUUCUUUCAAGCUUGAUAGACUGGAAGACAAUUCGGUCUUGGAUCAGACGCUGCGAGAUCCAACACUCGCAGUGCUCAUCUGCAGCGCUGAAUUCAUCAAGAAUGGCCCUGCCUAAGGGCUUCCAAUUGGUCGACGUUCUACAUCGCCGAGUCAUCCAGCCUGAAGUUGAGCGUUGCCGGUACGUGGCUCUAAGUUACACUUGGGGAAAAGAUCCGGACGAGUCUGGUCACAAAGCCAGCAUGUCAACCAUUCGAGAACUGAGGGCCAAAGGCGGACUCUGUGCUGCAAGGAUGCCAAUCACUAUUGAAGAUGCUAUACAAGCGUGUUUUGGCCUAGGCGAAAGGUAUAUAUGGGUGGAUCGUCUCCGUAUUGUACAAGACAACUUUGAAGAAAAGGAAGAGCAGAUCGCAGGUAUGACAGCCAUCUUCGCACGGGCGGUUUUUACCGUCAUCAUUGCGCAUGGCAACGGCAUGAAUGACGAACUUCCGGGCAUUGGGAAAUUGCGAGACUAUCCUACGGCUGUUGAGCGCUUCAACGACCUCCAGAUCCGCACCUGCCUGCCUACAUUCGAGUCCGCUGUCACAACCUCGGUAUGGGCUACCCGAGGUUGGACCUAUCAAGAAAAGCUUCUUUGCGAGAGGAAGUUAUAUAUAACCUCAUCUCAAGUCUUCUGGAUGUGCAGGGCAGGUGUUGUGUCAGAAAUAGACACCCCGAACGAAGAUAAUGGAGGAUGGACAGCCGCUAAUAUUCCUAUCACCAAUCGCUUCAGCAGGGCGGAGCUCUUGAGGGCUCCUGGCCAGCUCGAACCUUUCCAGGCUUAUGUAAAACACUCAGCAAACUACAACAGCCUAUCGUUGACAUACUCCUCAGACAUCUACAACGCGUUCACCGGCAUACUUUGUGCACUAUAUGCACCAUCCAACCAUAUGAAAUCAAGUAUUUACAACUUACCACUGAAGGAUUUCGAUGCAGCGCUCCUAUGGCAUCAUAUACCAGGCAAAAAAUCUUCUUUACGACAACGUCAUGCGGAUUUCUACAUCCCGUCUUGGACCUGGUCAUCCAAUACUGGUAAGCUGAACAUGGUUUCAAGCUUCCUUGGUUCCCUGGUCAAAUGGGUUUUGCUGUCAACUACUCCUGGAGUUUCGAUUGAGAUUGUUGAUUCGAGCGACUCGGUUCUUCUUAGCUCUGACGAUCCAGACGAGCCAAUCUCCCAGUGGUAUAACUAUAUUGCAUCUCCUGAUCGUGUUCAGCCCUCCUAUUAUAUGGCGUUGGCCACCGCGCACGGAUGCUCAGGAAACAAUGAAAUGUCGGACUUGCUCGGCGAGUUUCAAGGGAAACCUAUCAGAGAGCUGUCUGGGAUCAUAUACGAGCGCUGGGCAACUUAUUCGCAGUAUUGGAAAGCGAUGCCAGCAACCGAUCUUCUGUUUGAUCGUCCGUGCAGCCUCAUCCCAGUCGUUUAUUUGGGCACCUGGGCGCAAACAAGCAUUGUGAGACUCAUGUGGCACCCUCGUCACAGAAGUUGCAACGGAGGAACGGCAAACCUAUUCAAUAUUGUGGAUCCGAGCGGCAGGCUUGUCGGUAUAUGUAGACCCUCUCCGACGCUGCCUCAAGACAAGACUCUCAUGUUCGAUACAGAGACCUACAAGGUGAUGGCUAUCUCGGUUGGGGCACAAACAAGCUACGAAUGCUGUUUCAUCCAGUCAAGCAUAUCUGAUCUACAAGACCCUUCGGUCGUAUUUGACGUCGCGUAUCCUCACCCAGAUGGCACCGGAGUGCCUUUGAUGACGCCUCCUGUCAUCAACAUUAUGGUUCUGGGAAAUAGAGGCGGGCUGCACUUCAGGCACAGCAUCGGUUGGAUAUACCUCCGCCGCUGGGUAGAGCUGAAGCGGCAAUUUGAAUCCAUUGUGCUUUGUUAGAUGACGCAUCAUCGAAACUCCACGAAAUAUAAUGGAUUGUGUGUCUUUCCAUCCCAGCAAAUUCUUGACCCCAGAAUGA